AUGCAUGGAGACAAAGUAGUAAGGAAUUAUGCUAUGAUUCCAUUAUCAAACAACACUCUGAAGCAGCAAAUGGAAGACAUGUCUGAUAGUGUUAAAAAUCUGAUAGUGAAAAGAAUGCUUAAAUGUGAAAGCUAUUCCUUACAAUUAGAUGAAAGUAAAGAUAUUUCUAGCUGUGUUGCUUUGAGUACAUUCAUACGGUAUGAAUUUAAUGGUAUGAUUAGUGAAGAUUUUCUGUUUUACCAAUCAUUGCCAUCACAUGUAACUAGUGAAUCUAUUUUUAAUAGUUUGGAUGAGUUUAUAAUUGAAAAUGAAAUUAGGUGCUCAAAAUGUGUACAAGUCAAUGCUUUUGGGGUUCUUGUAAUGUCAGGAAAAUAUUCAAGGUAUAAUACCAAAUGUCAGAUGAGCACAUUGCUGGUAGCAAGGAGCAUGCCAAGAAAAUUGAAGAUGACACUGAAGGAGGCAUUGAAAAUAGUUGAUUUUAUAAGAACUCAUCCAUUAAAUUCUCAGUCAUCUUUUCUAAUUGGUAGAUUUAUAUUCAAAAUUUAA